GUCAAAACACUUUUGACGAGCCUCCCCAGCGCAUUAAUCGGAAUCAAGUCGCUAAUUCGAAGUCAUGCAGACACUCACCCACGCCUCCUUCCUUGCCCUGGCCCUGGUCCUCUGCUGUCUGGGCGCCAUCCAUGCCCAGCCCCAGCGCGGCCUGCCCCCACCGCGCUCCAACUCGUUCGACGCCAACGCUGUGAUACUGAAGCAGAACUUUGACCUCAAUCCCGAUGGAUCGUAUCAGUACAACUACGAGACGAGCAAUGGCAUUCGAGCUGACGAGGCGGGUUACCUGAAGAAUCCCGGCACACAGGUGGAGGCGCAGGUGAUGCAGGGAUCGUACUCCUACACCGGACCCGAUGGCGUCGUCUACACCAUCACCUACAUUGCUGAUGAGAACGGAUACCGCGCCGAGGGCGCCCACAUACCAACACCACCUCCCGUCCGUGCCGCCAACGCCCCUGGCAGAUUCUUCAAGUAAUCAAACCCAUUCCGUGCUUCAACCCCAAUCUUCAAGUUCUGCAAGAAAGAGAGAGAGAGAGAGAGAGCGGGCAGCUGCUCACCAGAGAGGUACAUGCAUACAUUCCCACCCAUUAAUCCAUUCCAGCUGAGACACAACACAUCCCCACCUUCGUGCUUCAUUCGUGCAUUUCGUGCAUCCAGCAUCCACAGUCUUCCAGUCCCCAUCUCUAAUCUACUCUAAUACUUAGUGCUUUACGAACUGUGUGAGAUACGUAAUAAUUUUUGUAAGAUAUGUAAAAUUCGCUCAGCAAUAAAAGAAAUAUUGCGCCAAGAA